GGGGGCGCUAAAUAUUUCUGCUAGGCUCCCACACCGCCAGCGAUGCGGCGGGACCCGCUGGCCGCUGCCCGGCCCGGCUCCUUGCCUGAGAGUUGGCUGUGAGUGAUUUUCGCUGCCGCCGCGAGGCUGAGUCCAGGCUUUCCCAGCAAGGAAUCCAAGGCGAGGACACCGGGUGCUGCCUCUGGGCCAGGGAGGGACUGGAAUCGGCGGGGAAGGCUUUUUCCCCUGGGCUGUCACCCUCAGACCGGCGAGGGCGAGAACAGAGUUGGAGAGGUGGCUGCCUCAAGUUGCAUGGGGCGUUGAGGCAUUUGCUUUCCUUUCCGUUUAUCUGGCAGACGACGAGGCAAUUUAUGCAACAGUAUCCUGUUUCAGCACUGCCAAGGCUAUGCGAGAACGCGGUCAGGACAGCCUGGCAGGACUCGUGCUGUAUGUAGGAUUCUUUGGGCACCCCGGGAUGCUGCACAGGGCCAAGUACAGCCGUUUUCGGAAUGAGUCCAUCACGUCCUUGGACGAAGGCAGCCCCGGAGGUUCGGCCGGGAACAAGGGCUCGCCGCAGCCUCCCUACCCCACCCUGGCACCUCACCUGCCGACUGAAGAUGCCACCUUGGCGUCUCAGGAGAGCCCCACCCCACUGUGCACCUUGAUCCCUCGCAUGGCCAGCGUAAAGCUGGCCAACCCAGCCACCUUGCUGAGUCUGAAAAACUUUUGCUUGGGUACCAAAGAGGUACCUCGGCUGAAGCUCCAGGAAAGCCAGGACUUGGCCCCCAGCAGCCCAGGUUCCCCUGAAACCAGUCUAAACAGGGCCGGGCCAGCAGCACCUCCGCCUCAGCGGGACUCGGUGGGACACAGGGCGACCUCUUUAACUCCUGAUGCCUGUCCCCUUCCCCGCCCUGGGGCGCCAACCCCCGGGAACAGGCAGGACAGGAACUUUCUGCAGCACCUGUUGGGGACUGGCAUGAACUACUAUGUGAGGUACAUGGGCUGUAUUGAAGUGCUGCAAUCAAUGAGGUCACUGGAUUUUGGAAUGAGAACCCAAGUUACAAGGGAAGCAAUAAGUCGCCUGUGUGAAGCUGUUCCUGGGGCAAAUGGAGCCAUUAAAAAGCGAAAGCCUCCAGCUAAGUUCCUAUCAACAGUUCUGGGCAAAAGUAAUCUUCAGUUUUCGGGAAUGAAUAUAAAACUGACCAUCUCCACAUGCAGCCUCACAUUGAUGAAUCUUGACAACCAACAGAUUAUUGCAAAUCAUCAUAUGCAGUCUAUUUCAUUUGCCUCUGGAGGGGAUCCAGAUACUACAGACUAUGUUGCCUACGUAGCUAAAGAUCCAGUUAAUCAACGAGCCUGCCACAUAUUGGAAUGCCGCAGCGGAAUGGCCCAAGACGUCAUAAGCACCAUAGGGCAGGCUUUUGAACUCCGGUUUAAACAGUAUUUGAAAAAUCCCUCUAUGAAUACUUCUUGCGAAAGUGAGGAGAUGCAUAUUGAUGGCCAUGCUGAGGAGAAAGAAGCUCAUGAGUAUUACAAUGAAAUCCCAGGGAAGCAGCCACCUGCAGGGGGUGUGUCCGAUGUGCGGGUCAGAGUUCAAGCCACAGAAAAAAUGGCUUACUGCCCCAUACGGUGUGAAAAGUUGUGCUAUUUGCCUGGAAACUCCAAGUGCAGCAGUGUAUACGAGAAUUGUCUAGAACAAGGCAGGACAAUAGGCAAUGCACAGGAGAGAGGGGCACAGUCCCAGCGAGAUGCAUCUGCAAUGAAGCACAUGUUCCGAGUAGAUCUCUUUGACGACCCCUGCUACAUCAACACGCAGGCUCUUCAAAGCACGCUUGCUGGAAAUCAAAGCUCUGCUCACCCGCUGGGGAGCCCUUGGCACCAGGAAAAGCCACCAGAAACUGUUCAGCCAGGUGCCACAGCCCAGCCUGCCAGCUCACAUUCUUUGCCACACAUUAAGCAGCAGCUACGGAAUGAAGACUGCUACCAUGGCAAGCUGAGCAGGAAAGCUGCAGAGAGCCUCUUGGUAAAGGAUGGGGACUUUUUGGUACGAGAGAGUGCAACCUCUCCUGGCCAGUAUGUGCUGAGCGGGCUGCAGGGAGGCCAGGCCAAACAUCUUCUCCUGGUGGAUCCUGAAGGCAAGGUGAGGACCAAGGACCAUGUAUUUGAUAAUGUUGGCCAUCUGAUCAGAUAUCACAUGGAUAAUAGUUUACCAAUCAUCUCUUCUGGAAGCGAAGUAAGCCUUAAACAACCAGUGAGAAAAGAUAAUAAUCCAGGACUUUUGCAUUCCAACAAAUGACUACAUGGAUGUACCAUCACACUGAUACUUUAAGAAAGUCCUUUUUGUAUCAGGACACAAAGAUAAUUCAAACUUGGUUUGUAGAUAAAUUAGAGCACAAACUGUGAAGUGUUAUCCUUCUGAGACCUUCAUGGACUAGGUCUUUUAUAAAACAAAGAACUAACAAAACUUGAUCUUCAGAAAGUGAAAAUCAGAAAAGGGGAAGAAGAGGGGUCUAUCUGAAAAGAAAUUAUACAUAUGCACGGAUGUCACUUUUUAAGGCCAUAUUGCGUUGAUAACAAGCUAAAAGCACAAUUAAAAUUUCACAUGCUAAAGACAGUUUGAAUGAUCUGCUGGGGCAGUGGUAUGUGCCUUUCAACUUGAUAAUUUUGGAACAUUUUCAUAUUGGGGAAAUUAGUUCUAGGUGUCUUCAUAUUCUGUAACUAUAGAACCAUUUGCCAAAAAAGUUUUUCCUUGUGAUAAAAAUAAGAAGCCAUUGGCUUAACAGUUAUUGACUUUAUUACAUUUUCUGUUUAGUAGCACUUUCACUGCAAUGUUAAAAUAAAUUUGAUGUUAAAUUCAAACUGUGUCUGUGCCAAUGGAAUCAAAUGGAAGGCCACUGAAAGUGUUGGUCUGUUUCAUUGUCCUAUCCCACUUGCUGGUUAAAGGGUUGGAGCCCAAAUUCUUUGGCCUAGUAUUGCUCAGUCUUUGCUAUUUGGACUAUUUGUAUGCAACAUAUGACAAGCUGAAGAAGCCAGUCAUUUCUGAUUUCAUCAUAUUUCUCCCUCCUUCCCUCCCUGCCCCUGCCCCCACCAAAAGGAGCU